AGUCGUGAACGACCACGGUUGCUCGUUUUGAUUCAGGUUUUCACGCAGUCUGGUUUCUGAACCCUUCGUACAAUUGUGUCAAGUGUCAAAUUUUGCGAGUUAUCCAUUACCAACUGGGCUUUAACGGCGACGCAUCGUGUAACUUUUACCAGCACCCAAAUAACACCAUCACGAGUGCCCAUGUAAAAUUCCAAUAAAAAGAAACAAGCAAGAAACGAUUCCAAUGGAACAUCAUCCGUACCAUCGAGAAAUGAAUCCCAUUCGAUUAUCGUCCGUCAACAACAAACAUCACCACAGUUUGUCGAUGGCGUCCAUGGCGACACUAGCGGCAUCUGCUGGUUCAAUUUCGCCCCACCGACAUCAGCACAAUAACAACAACAGCGUUCAUCAUCACCAUCCGCAGUUACCAGCAGUCAUUAGCCACCUGUGCGCCGGAUGCGGACAUCUCAUCAAAGAUCGUUACCUGCUUCAGGCUUUAGAUUCCUACUGGCACGAAGAUUGUCUCAAAUGCAGUUGUUGCGGCUGCCGUCUUGGCGAAGUCGGCUCCAAUCUCUUCACCAAAGCCAACCUGAUCCUCUGCAAACGCGACUACCUCAGGUUAUUUGGAGCGACGGGCAAUUGCGCCGCUUGCUGCAAACCCAUUCCCGCGUUCGAGAUGGUCAUGAGAGCUAAAACCAACGUCUACCACCUCGACUGUUUCGCUUGCCAGCAGUGCCAUCAGAGGUUUUGUGUGGGCGAUCGGUUUUACCUAUGCGACAACCAAAUCCUUUGCGAAUACGACUACGAAGAACGGCUCGUCUUUGCCAACGCCUCAUCGUCGGCUUGCGUUGGUCAGCCAAUUAGCAGUAGAUCGGGACAAGAACCCAAUCGACAAACAGCAACAGACGAUUCUAAUCAAACAACUCGAAUUGUCUGGACCAGUUCGGCUUUUGCUGAAAAUCGUCCCGAAGCUUCAUCAUCUUCCGCCUCGCUAGAUGGCAGCACGGUGAACAACGUCGCCAAAGAUCAGCCGAGAUUUCAACCAGAUUCUUCUCCAGCAGGGCUUCAACAGCAUCAGGUGGUGGAGCACGACGCCUCAUCUAGCGGCUACGGCAGUCCCGAUUCCGGCGGUCUCAUCGACGAGGGAUGAACAAUUUGACGGUUCGAUCGUCACAUCAACAUUUCACUAAAUAUUAGUCAAUAUUGUACAUUUGUGCUCUAUGAUUUCUUUAUUUGCAUUGCUGGCAUCAGUGUUUUCAUUCCCUAGAGCGCGCAUUUUUUUAAACAUUUGAUUGAUCAAUGUAUUAUUUGUUCUUGUUAACAACAAAUAAAGAAGUGUUGCGUCA